ACCAAGCGUGCGGACGCGGCUCGAGCGGUAAAAAGAAGAGAAGAAGAAAUUCCUGUAAAUAUCGGCAACAUGGCCUGCCAUUUGUCGCCGGCCGGCGGCGGCGGCCUGCGUGCCUGCCAUGCGGCGAGAUCGCGCUGCAACGCCGUUUGUGUCGAUCGUCCUUCUCAGUCGGUUUUGUAACGUUCGCGUGCAACAAACGCACACCUCUCGCUGCUGCUGUGCAGUACAAAUCUCCUGCAACGAUCCGUGCUGUGCCGUUUGCCGCGUGCAGGGUUUUUGCGAACCAUCCGUGUUGCCGUCCUGUUCCGUUGACGGCACGACGACGGCACCUUCCAUCGUCGUGAUAGCCGAAAUGGCGCCGCGCCUGCACGACGGCAACGUAAACACAAACACCACGCAAGACAAUGUUGCCGUUCUUUUCGCCCUCGCAUGCUUUUUACCCCCUGCUCAAGGAGCAAUCGGAAAGGUGUGCUCAGGAACUACAAGUGGAAGAAGAAGAGCAACUAAAACAGCGGACACAACAGGCCCCAGACGAGGAUAUCGAAGAUAUCAGACGAUCUAGAAACAUUUCACAGAACUUAUUGGAUUUGCAUUAUACGAGUGGAAGUGGAAAUGCUUAUAGUGAACCAAGUUCCAGAAGACAAUCUUAA